AUGGCCGACACCCUCACUGACAGCACUCUCACCCCUCAGCCUUGCAUCCCGUGCACCCAUACUUCACCUACAAUCAUACAACUCUUCAAGAAUCUCUCCUUGCCAAACAUCUUACAAAAAAACAAGAAGAUUGAGGGUGACAAUAACACCAGAUCUGCCAAGACUCUAAAUCACGCUCUAGACCCAGCCCAUCAUCUUCAGCCAGGAUCGGAAGCUGCUUCGUUGAUCACCAUUGAUCCUGAAGAUCUGGCCCAAUUACGGAUCCCUUCCUUCUUUGCUUCUGUCCAUGAACAUAUUUACAACAGUUUGGCAAGGUGCCUCGCCGAUGAUGAACUUAAAGAAAAAGAGGAGAAAAAGCGAAAAGACGACGACAUCCUUGUAGGCAAACUCAGACUCUCCAAAAGGUGGUGCAUGGAUGGCACCAAUCAUGUAGAAAGAGUUGUUGGAGAACCAAUUCCUACUGAAUUCUCUCAGGCUCUAUAUGACACUGAAAUUUGCAUUGCAGUGCCACUCCCUUUCUUCCUCACCCAGAAUCUCUGCACUUUGAUUGAUGAGGCAUCAACCCUCCCUACAGUCAAAUCAAACCCUGCGCCUGGGGAGACUAAGGGUAUUUAUAUUCUAAAUAUAGACAAGCUGUCUACUCGUUUUGGAAAGGAGCUUUCCCUUACAUGCAGUCAGUGGUCUGAGGCAGCCACCAAUAUGGAGUUAUAG